AUGACCCCGGAAGUAAAUGGGGAGGAAGUAUUUUAUUUCUGUUUGAAAGGUUCGACAUUAUUGCGUAAACACCUUAAAGACAACAACAAUGUUGAGGGGAGCGAGACCUCCAGCGAGGUUGUUAGUAGAGUGAUCCCUCGCGGUGAGACGAUCUUUGAGUGUUUGACAGGACUUCCCCUCGUGAAACGAUCUUUGAGUGUUGGACAGGACUUCUCCUGGCAAGCCGCCGCUCACCUUCCCGCCACAGCGCCCCAACGCCAAGGACCUCUCUACGAGUUCCGGACCUACAGAAUCCGUCCCGACCGAACGGCCGCCUUCCUGAGGCUGACCAAUGACAAGAUCCACCUCAGGACCGCCCACUCGCAGCUGAUUGGCUACUGGAGUGUGGAGUACGGCGGCCUGAACCAGGUCUUCCAUAUUUGGAAGUACGACUCUUUCUCCCAGCGGGCGGCGGUCCGCUCGGCGCUGGCCCAGGAUCCGCGCUGGAUGUCGGAGUACAUCUCCCAGGCCAUUCCCAUGCUGACCUGGCAGGACAACCACGUCACCACCUUGUUGCCGUGGAGCCGCCUGCGCACGCCGCCGCUGGAGGGCGGUGCUUUUGAACUGGCGUCCUUCAAGAUGCGUCUGGGGGGGCCGCCACUUUGGGGCAGAAGCCUGCAGCAUGCCAUGGCCUCCCAUGAUGCACCUGGACACGCCCACUUGGUCGCCGCUUUUCACAGCGAGAUUGGCCACCUGGACACAGUUCACGCCCUCUGGUGGUUCGAGAGCGCCGACAAACGACGUCAAGUUCAAGGCGACGCCAUGGCCGAAGUUGCAGUCCACGUGCACACGCGGGACAACAAAGUUAUGUUUGCGUGUUCCUUCUCGCCACUCAAGUGACUUCCUGUCGUCAGACCACGAGGACUUCCCCUUUAAGCCUUGCUGUCAAUCAUGGGUUGUGGGCGGGGCUUGGAGACAUACUUCAAAAUAAAGUUGGGGACUAAAGUUUG